AUGGCCGAGACGCUUCUUUGGCGGUGUCCUAUUCGAUACACGCUCUGUCGCGCCUGCGAGCACGCAUAUCAUGCCGACCUCGACCUGCCACCAUCUGGUCCAGAAAACAUCAUACUCCGCACUGGCCGCAUACCAUCAUCCGCGGAAGCAGAGCACGUACGGCAGAGUAUCGCGCAAUUGGAUGAAUGCCUCGAGGAAAUAGAUGACGAAGUGGAUGACCUCGAGGCUCUAAUUGCCCAGCUUCGCGACGGCCAGCGGGCGCUGAAAGGCCUUAGGAGAGUCCAGCGCGCGUACCUUGCACCCGUCCGCAAACUACCUCCAGAGAUCCUCUCGAUCGUCUUCAAGAUGUGCUACGGUGACGAGUCAAUAGAUCUCUCGCGAGAGCGAUGCGAGCCUAUCAUCCUGAGCGCCGUAUGCAAGACUUGGAGAGAUACCAUGGCUGGUCUGCAUUCAGCGUGGACCGCAUUCGAGUUCGGGCCUGCGUGCGAAGUUGAACACAGCAUCGUUCUUGCUCGGCUUCGCACCUUUCUCAACAAUUCCGGAAAUCUGCCUUUGCGACACUGCAUUCGUUUCGAGAUGACUUACGCCACGGUACUUGAUCUUCAGAAACUUCAGCUACUGGAUCUCCUCAUCGAACAUUCGCACCGCUGGACCGAUGCCACAUUUCGUUCAUUCGGAGAAACUCAGCAGGAGAUAGUUGCGAUGCUGGCGAACCGUCCUCUGACGCGCUUGACGAAGCUAGAGGGGGACGUCGACCUCCUCGCCGCAUGCAACGCAAUCGGCAUCUUCAGAGGGGCAUCAACUUUGCGAAGCGUCACUCUAUGGGGCAUGUGUUACCAUAAAACCAUCCCGGACCUGCCUUGGGAGCACAUAGAGGAGUUGUCCACAAAGACGCCCGGCGCAUAUGCCUUGGCCUUCAUACAUCGCUGCCCUAAUCUCGUACGCUGGUCCUAUCGCGACGGUUCCAAGUACGAGAGAGGACAGCCACCCGCCUCCCCCACCGUUCUCCCUCGCCUUCGGUUCUUAUCCGUACACAUUGAGGAGGAAGCAGACGCCAUAGUCCUCGCCAGCAUCACCGCGCCUGCUCUUCUAGAGUGUAGACUCGUAUGCAAGGCGAAGGGCUUCUCAACCAAUAUGGACCUUGGAUUCGCGACUUUCCUGACUCGCUCCGCAUGCCGUCUCGAACGCCUCUUCCUGGACCGCCCACCGCACAACGUCCUCGAUCAUCUGUAUACAGACGCGCUGCAAGGACUGACCACACUCCGCGUGGUGGCGCAUAAGGAAGCGCCUGUGACGAAAGCCUUCAUUGAGGGCCUUUCUGGUAGCACGCCCGACCCUUGCCUGCUUCCGCAGCUGGAGAAUUUGGAGUUAGGCGGAGAACCGGCGGAAAUCCUGGGAGACGCGUUGGUGGAAAUGGCGAAGGCACGUCGUAGGAUGGGGCGCCCUCUGAAGCGCUUGUUUUUCGAUGCGGGGCCUUUAGGCUUGUCGGCCCGGGCCUUUGGGUGGAAUGCGGGGGUUGAGAAGCGUAUGAAGGAGGUGGUCGACUGUGUUGAAACGUCGGAGCAUGAGAUUUGCGCUGCUCUUGCGGGACUGACGUUGCUCUGGUACGACACGUUAUGCACUAUAUUUGAAGAGGUCGAACUGGUCUGGCGCGGACGCUGGGGCGCAGGCAACUACCUGUACUUUUACGUGCGCUAUGCUCCAUUCGUAACCAGCAUCGUGUCCUUUCGCACGAUGUUUUGGACGAAUACAGCGGCGCAAUGCAAGCUGUACAACCAGAUUUACACUGUCCUUGCAUGUGCGACCUUCAAUGUAUGCGAAGCCAUCCUUCUCCUUCGCACUUACGCCCUUUACGGCGCGACUCGCACCAUGCUCGUAACAUGCCUGCUCAUCUUCGGCCUCACUGUCCUUCCCGGGACCAUCAUCGACAUGUGGCAGCUCUCGAAACUGCAGUUGUACGACGGAGGAGAGCCGCGGAAGGGCUGCGUCGGUACUUCCAGCCCAAUUCUCGGGAUCGCAUACCUUCUCUUAACGGUCUGCGAGCUCGCUAUUGUUAUCCUUACGGGUUUCAAGGCGGUGCAACAUCCGUUCCCGAAGUCCGUGUCAUGCGCCCCGGACGAGAAGCGUGGAUCAUUCAGCUAUAUCGACAAGGUGCGGGGUCCCCUCGUCUGCCAGGCGAACUCACUCGAGCCCACGACAGCUGUCUCCAUAAUUCAAAACCUCUCGAUUCUGAUGAUACCCGCGCAUGCCAACUGGCUCUCCUUGCAAGUGCAUGACCUUCACGCCGUCUUUUGCAGCCGCCUGCUCUUGCUCAUCUUUGCGCAGAAGCGGGAGGCUACGCAAUAUUCCGACCGCAGCGCCACCUCCGCACCCAUUCUCACCACGCAGGCCCUGACCUUCUACGACUCAGAGGCUGAUUUCGAGCCGGACCGCAUUGACUUAGAUGUAUAUCGGACACGGUCGUCAAGGCGGUGGGCCUCAGACCAGUAG